GAACAAAAGCCUAUGUUAUCGAGGUCGUGGCCUUCAAACUUAAUAAAAAAUGUAGAGAUACGGUUGUUAAAUGCAGUAAAAGGUUAUUUUUAUGUUGUUUUAAUCGGACUGAGUUUCUAAAAUCUGUCAUACAACUUUUCAAUGAAGUGUUUAUACGUGAAAAUAUAAUAAUACCAAACAUUCAUUCCUUGAAAACUUAGUGAAAUGAAAUUUACUUAGUCACUAACUUAGUCAUAUUGGGAUAAUUUUGAAUUAUUCCCAUUUCUACUUAUUGUGAUAUUUCAGAUAAAUUAUUUUAAAAUUAUUAUGAAUUGAUGAGGAAUCGAGUCUACAACAUGACUGAGAAUAACAAAAAAAGAGGAAAUAGCUUUCGCAAAAUUUUUCCUAACAUUUUCUUUUCAAACAAAAACAAAGACAAGCCAUCAUUAAAAGAUACCUCUGGCUUCAAGAGUAAGGCCAGCAAGAGUAAUCAAUAUCAAAAUCCUAAAUUUGUGAUCGAUAAGUACGAAAGUACCGUUCAGACUGAACAAAAUGACGAACGAAUCUACGAAAAUCUUACAACAGCAUUUAUUGACAGAGAUGCUAAUGAUGCGAAUAGCAACGACCUUAUCAGUAAUAAUUCUUCUAGUAGUACCUUAGUAUCAGAGAACGUUAGAAAUACGAGUCAGUCACAUAAUGCCAUAAGUUCCAGCGAAAAACAUGUGAAAUAUAUGGCGAGGCCACAAGUGCCUCCAAAGCCGAACCAGGAAAUAUUAUACGCUUCCCCAGUGCCAGAAAAACAUCAGAAGAAUUACGCUAGAACACCGUACCCAGAUGUUUAUUAUCAUUCUGUAGAAAAACUAACAGACAAAAUAUCCGUCUUAGACGAAAUUGAAAUUUACAGAGCGUCACAAGUACAAGCCCACCCGGCAUCAGUAGGAGCUGAAAUAAAAAAAGUAAGCACAAAAUUCCUCAUAUCCCCAAAAAAGGAAGCAGAAGUGCGUACGAUUCAACCUAUUCGAGCUCGAAGUUUAUCACUUGAUAAAAACAAUUCGAAAGACAUUGAAAAUUCAAGAAGAACCAAAACCGAAAAAAUUAUUGAAAAACCGUACAAUUAUUCUGCUCCAACUUCUCCGAUAGCUGUUGGACACAAAAUCCCAAACAUGCCCACAACGGUGUCUCCAUACGAGCGUGUUAAGCAAAAUAUGAUAGAAGCAGAAGAAAAACGAAAUUCAUUGAGUAGGUCAAGCUAUCGCAAUAAAUCUUUACCAUCUCCGAGAUCGUUCUACCAAGAUUUAUCAAAAUCUCCUACAUUGUCAAACAAUUUUACCAAAGAAGAUUUAAUAAAAAAAGAAAAGACUCGUCAAAGAGUUGAGGCUUUUUACUGGCAAAAAAUUAAAGAGCUUAAACAGAAAGAAGAUGAAUAUCUGCUGAGACAAUCAUUGGGAAAUUCUUCAAGAGGAUCGAGAACACAGUAUGCUUCAUACUCUAAUUCUAGCUGUAGUACUCCGACCUCUUUUACAGCGGACUCUAGGAGUUGCAGUUUGCCGCGCGGUAGAGACUUAAACUUUGCAAGUCAAACAAUGAAUAUAUCUCCAUUCUCUAGAGGUGCUCCAGAACGGCGAACUGAUUCUUAUAUCAAGAGACCCGGUUAUCAGACAGACCAUGAUCUAGUGCAGUAUAGGAAUCCUGAAAAUGUAUACAGUAAUGUCUUAAGUAGAAAUCAUUUACCAAUCUUUCAACGUGGUUCGUUGACCACAGCAGCGAGUAGCGUCGUUCAACAACCAAAACGAGUAAGUUUUGAAGGAAACAACAUACCUAAAAAUCCAGUGCAACAAGAUGUUAGAACUUUAAACGUUCAGUGUAAAAACAAUAAGUGUAAAAUUGAUCACAGAAGUGAACUUAAUGCCAUGAAAUUAGGGCCUAAGGACCAAAAAACCCACCCGCCCUUACCACCAAUACGCACAACAAGUGUUUUAGGCGGUGUUAAAAGUAAUAGACUGCCAAUUAAUAAAAAUGUAGUAACUAUUGCCAGUGGAACUCGUUCUGUGUGUUCGGAAUCAGAGAGUGGAUCUGAAGCUGGUGAAAUCCAAAGAAUCAUGCAUAGCAACUCACGAAAGGAAGAGGACUGGCAAGGAGACCCGAGAAUUGAUGGGGGGUUAUCUGAUGGAGAAGCGAGUCGAGGGCCGACCCGUGGACGUCCAAGCCGGCGAGAAGAUCCACGCCGACACACAUUGGCAGGCAACCACAAUAUCUACAUGCAUCACCACCACCCGGCAGCACAUAUCAGCACAAUCGAGAUCGAGCGUUACAACAAAGCGCAGGCACUCGUGAACAUGCCUGAGUAUGCGACAGUAAACAAAUAUCGUGACAUGAAGACGAACCGAAGUUUUGAUCCACGAGUGAAAAAGCCCCACAUGACACACUACCCGCAAACGAACAAUGCUCUAUUUGACGAUGACCCCGGCGUUAUGUCGGAGGUGGAAACGUCUUCUACUGGGUUUCGACGCGGUGGUAAACAAAGAUCAUCACUACCGGUGGUGAGGACGCCUAGUAAAACCCUUGAAAGGCCUUUGGGUUUAGUGUUUCUCCAGUACCGAAGCGAAACGAAGCGAGCUCUGUUACCCAACGAAAUUACCUCAAUAGAUACUGUAAAGGCACUUUUUGUACGAAGCUUCCCGAAACAAUUGACAAUGCAAUACAUGGACAGCGCACACGUUAAGAUCUACAUCCAUGAUUCGUCCAAGGAUAUGUUUUACGAAUUAGAAGAUGUCAGGGCGCAUUUACGGGAUAUACGAGAUAGAUCAGUACUACGACUGUUUGAAGCCACUGACAUCGGUGGAGGAGUAUUCCCGGGGACAGUGGGCGUAGGGUCUGUUCCGAUGCCGCCGGGCGCUGACGGUUGUUCGUCUUCAACUUGCUGGGACCAGGAUCAAAACUACUUCAGCGAACCGGAAAUUGAUUCUGACUACCAUCACCAGCACGUCCACAACAAGAACAAGAUAAAGGCGCCCGCGUACUACAUGGGUACAUCUACUCCCAGUACUCUACCGCGAGGUGGUUCCCUCAUGAGAGCCUUUUCGCCGGCCGCUCCACCCGUACCCGCUGAUCGCGUUAAACCUCCAGGUUCAAGUGCACCAACAAAACCAGUGCGCUCAUACGUGCCCGGGAGUGGUUCGGAGCGGUGCUUCCCCGCUGUGUUCGCUGCAGUGGAAUGCCCCCGCGGUACCGAUCAACUGUACUCUAUCCCCGCACAUUCAGGAGAUGGCUAUAUGUCCUCUCCAGAGCGAGUGGCACCCCGAGUCCCUUACGAAGACCCCUACUACACCCAAUUUCUCGGCCCAGCAGCUGGCAGAGCUCAAAUCGCACCCGUCAUCGACGAAGAAGCAAACGAUACCGUCAUUAUAGACGAUACGUAUCAGAUGUAUGGCGUCAACGCGAUAACAACUGCCCCUCGGCCUAUGCCCCGACCGCCUUACGAUGCCAGGCUGGGUGCCCCUGUGGAUGAUAUGCAACGCCUUCGCGUAGAAAAAAUGGAACGACAACUCGCAAACCUUACUGGGCUUGUUCAGCAAGCACUCCAGGUCCCAGGUGCCGCCCCGCCUCCUAUCACUCCCAGGGAAGACUACCAGGCUUACCCUUCGACUUCUAGAGCAACUACAACAACUCAGGAUGCCGCGCGAUUUACCAGCAACGAGAGACCUCCCAAAUUAGGGAGGGACAGAUUUCAAAAAUCGGUAUCAUUUGAGAAAUCAGUGUCCUUUAGUGAUGACCCACCCGACAUGAAUUCUCCAAAACAGCACUCACCACAGCAUUCAGCCGAUACAAAACCAACAAAACCGGCAAUCAAGUCAUCAACAUUGCCGAGGACUUCAUCUCAAGAACGAGACCGGCUCAAACCGGCACCUCCGCCAAAGCCGGCUGGGCUGACGGGACAACAGCUUACUCUGGCUCCGCAAAAGAGUUACACAUUGAACGUGACUCCUGAAUUUUUCAAUCAACUUCGUAUUCUUCAGAAGCAAAGCCGCGAUCUCCGAAUCGAGACACGCAACCUACGUCGAUCAACUUUGUCUCAUUCUAUACAAAUGAGGCAAAUGAUGGCUGAGACUAUUGUCCAGAUAGGUGCUAUUGCAGCAACGUUUUCUGAAGAAGACCCAGAUUCGCAGUUGACACGGGAGGAAGAGAUCUAUCGCCAAGAUAUGCUGCUUUUGGAAAAUGAUUUGUACGAGCUUGAAGCUACCGUGGAACGUUUGCGUGGUCAAGCUGCAAACAGAGAAACACGAGUGAACAUGGCAGACAUCGAGCGCAUUGCUAUGGUGCUCUCCAAGAGCAGCAAAACGGUUGCCGAUUGGAAAUUGAAAUUUCCGAUUCUGCAGCAAACCAUGAAAGCUAAACUAGCCGCCGAAAUGGAGAAGGUGGUCCGCAAAGAAAAGAUGCUGGAAGAAGAACCAGAGCGAUUGGAACUUGCUCUUCGAAGGUGCAAGAAGCUUACUGGAACACUGGUGACCUUAAAGAGGUUGGCUUGCGUACAAGAGCAACGCUUUACCGAUGGACGUGUUUCCCCAACAUCAUCGCAAAGCUCGACAGCCACUGCCGGACCCUCCUCGGAGGAGUACAACUCGGAGAACGCUUGCCACGUUGCUCCGAACGCCAACAAGGGUGGCGUCGGCGGGCGAGUCGCUCCUGCGCGCGGAGCCGCUGACGUGCGACCCGAGAACGCGCUCGACGCGCUACUAGACGAGCUGCAGACCUUCGCCAAGCCGGCGGAGCGCGGCCGCGGCGAGGGCGCGCUGCGCCGCCUGCACUCGUACCCCAGCGGCAGCGACACGGACGCCUCGCCGCCCGUGCGCGCGCGCGGCCAGCAGCCGCCCAAGCCGCCCGUGCCCGAGCGCCACCCCGAGCUGCUGGCGCUGGCCGUGCGCCGCGCGCCGCCGCCGCCGCCGCCGCGCACCACUUCCCGCUCGCCCCUCGCCUCGCCCCCGUCGCCCUCCUCGCCGCCCGCGCCGCGCGACGCCGCCGAUCCACCCGACGAGAACAACGCCUCGCGCCAGGCGCUGCUCGAGCACCGCCACCAGGAGCUGCUGAAGAAGCAGAGGGCUCUCCAGGAGCAGUACGCGCGCUUGCAGAUGAUCCAGCGCAGUGGACCCUCGCUACCGCCGAACGCGCAGCCCGACCUGAAGAAAACUGGGAGCGAAUCUAACCUUCUCACUAAGAUGAAUUUAAACCUAGCGCCGGCGAGCAUUUCCGGAAGCAUGACCCACCUCGCCGGUGACUGCGAUAAAAGCAGAAAUGACACCCAUCCCGAGAAGUGCAGUUCUCAGUUACAACCGCCUGAUACAAUCGCUACUACUAAUAAAGUCUACGAGACUGACAUUCUGUGACCGUGUCAAUUUUGUUUUAUAUCUGUCUAAGUUAACUUAAGUUGUUAUAAGAGAUCAUUUAUAAUGUUUACAUUUGACUACUUGGUAUUAAGAUUUCCUCGGAUGUAAUAAUACCUAAUCAAGUAUAGUUCCCGUUAUUGUUACAUCCGAUUUAUACUUAUUAUAUAAUAUUUUAUUAGGUCGAAUGUAUGAUUUAAUUAUAGAAGUGUUUAUUUUUGACAUAUUCGGUCAGUCUCAAGAAUGCUGUGUUAACUGCUUUUACGGCAAUGCUUAGCAUACCUAUUCCAGUUCCACCCGCGCUUAAUAUCUUUACCCCCGACAACAAAAUGGCAAGAAUAUCGGAAUAUUGAAUGAAAUAAACAUUAUUAAUAAUAAAAAUUAGGUGUUUAAUGUACUGUGGAAAUUAACAUCACUACUAGCAACACUCAGUCGGCAUACGA